UGUACUUUUCCCUGUGUCACCACAUGUCGUGGACAGUUUUUAUCACUUCUAAAUAGUUUUGUAGCACCAGCAUCUCUGAAACACUAUUAUGUCCGUGGAAUAAUAGAUGUGCUUCUGCUCUCCGCUUUCACCCGUAUAUCGAUAGACCUUUCUUGUCUACUGUCAAGAUUACUGAUCAUGUCUGUGUGGAUAUUCUUUGCGUGUUUACAAAUGAUGUCGCUACAUGAGUAUUAAGCGGUUUGUUGGUCGAAAGUGCCGUGAAAAUACAGUAAUGUUUUUUUCGGUGUAAUAAUAUUCCGUGACUUUUUUGUGUGUCAGAAACGGUAUAACUUUCGUGUAGCUUCAGUCAGUGUUUCAAGAAAUGGCAGAUGAUUCAGGGAAUGAAGAUCAGUGGUUGUACGGGGAUUCGAAUCAAGAUGCCCCAGAAAGGGAUAAUAAAACUGAUCCUAAAGACGUACCGGACGCAGUUCAUAACACUGAUUCUCAGAUCGACACUUUGGAAGAUCUCGGCGAUCAGCCUUUGCCGGCACCAGAACCUCCCACGAUAGCACCACCAGAGAUUAAAGAUGGUGAAGAAGAUUCGGAACUGAAUAUAGCUGAGGGUGAGGGUGCACAGAUUUCAAGAGAACAAGGGGAGGUGGAUGCUGAAGGAGAUGAUGAUGAUGAUGAAGAUGAAGAUAGUGAUGAUGAUGUGCAGGUUGUCAUUGGAGACAUUAAAACUAGUCCAACAUAUACAAGUCUUAAUAUAAAACGAGGUGGUCUUCUUACAUCAGCAGUUGGUGGAGAGAAACUGAAGCAACCAGGAAAAUUUUCCAUUGAGGAAUUUGAAGCUAUAGGCACCAUUAAUGGAGUGCCUGCACAUGAAUUUAAUCUUGAUUCAUUGGAAGACAAACCAUGGAGAAAGCCUGGUGCUGAUAUUACAGAUUAUUUCAAUUAUGGCUUCAAUGAAGAGACAUGGCGUGCUUAUUGUGAACGUCAGAAACGUAUUAGAAUACACGAGUCUGGUGUGGGCUUAGCACAGAUUGGAAGCACCACUGCUGGUCGUGGUGCCAUACCUGUUGCAAUCACCAAUGACAAUUCUAAAUAUUCAGGUUUUAUGGGACCAAAGAAAGCAGGCCCACCUCCAGGAAGAAAAAUGGGUGGUACUAUUGACGUAAUAGGUGGUGGUGGGUUGGCGUCACGAAGAAAUUUGGAGAAAGGCACACCACCAAAGGAGAAUGUCAUUCAGGUUAUGACAGCAGAUCGACGGGAAUAUAGUAGAAAACCACCAUUUCCAGACAUGACUGUACCACCACCAACUACAAUUCCGCCAGCAUUUGAACUGCCUCCUCCUCCACAUGGCGUAAUACCUCCAGUACCAACAUCAUUUCCUCCACCUCCCCCACCACACAUUGAGCCAUAUGGAAGUGAAUUCUACACGCCAGAGGCAGAUCCUUACUAUCAGUCUUAUGAACCAACUCAGGACUCUCAGUGGAAUGAUCCUGUGCUCACUCCAUCGCCGAUGGUCAGCCACUUGCCUCCAGUCAUCUCCGCAACAUCUGGUGGACUGCCUCCGGAAACAGCCAGCCAGGAUUCCCGCAGUUCUUUGAGAGACCAUGGUGACGACAACGCAUCUGUGGCAGGCGGCAGAGCUGAAUCUAUUACAAAAGAUUCUUCUGAGAAGGAGCCCAGAGAGAGGACCAGAGACAAAGACAGGGACAAAUCUGAAAGGCAUCGAGACAGGUAUAGAUCUCAUCGACACCGUUCAAGGAGCCGUAGUACAGAGAAACGUUCCAGGCGACAUAAAAGUCGCAGUCGUAGCCCAGGUCAUCGCAGUCAUCGGAAGAAGAAGUCACGUCGUUCUGACCGUGAGAAGAGCAAAGAAGAAAGUGAAUAAUGUGCUCCAAACAAGAUAAAUACACAUUGACGAAAACUUUAAAAUGUGUAACAUUAAUUAUCAAGCAGUAAAUAAUUUUUAUUUCAAUAAGCAGAAA